AAUAAGCUCUUGUUUUAACCAUAACCACAUCCUUCAUGUCAUAUUUUCGUCACAAGCGCUCUGACUGUGCAUGUAGAUCAGUAGAUUGGCAUAUAAAUGGCGAGACUUAUGCAAUGUACAACUGAAAUUUGAUUGAGAACUGCAUUUUAGAUUUUCAUCCAAACUGAAUAUUUUUGUGAACCGGUUCAAUGGGAAUAUUAUCAAGUUUGCAUGUGGGCUCUGUACAAUGCAUCUGAGCAGGGCCGACUGCAGAUUAUUUCCCUGUUCCUCCAUGAUGGCUUUAUGGAAAGCCAUAGCCUUGCUUGUUAUUUGUGGACUUAUUGAGUGCAAUGAUGGCGUGUGCAGCGUGACCUGUACCACAGACUUUAUCUCCAUGCUGAACUGCUCUAAUUCGGACUCGGCAGGAGCAGCUUCGUGUCACGUUGUGGCUGAUUGCAGGGAUGAAUAUUUUCCUGUGAAUGGGAGCUGCAGUAUCAAAUCGCCACAAUCCUGGUGCACAAUGGAGCCAGAAAAUAUGGAUUUGAUUAUGUCCUAUGAUACUAACUGCUCUAUCAUAGUAACACAAAUGGCCAAACAAGGCAAUAUGGAGACCCCAACAAAGAGUCACUCUGAAAAAAUUGUUUUAUACAAAUCUGUUAAGCCAAAACAACCUUUCAACUUAAAUUGUAUAAAAAUUGAUGGUAAUUUCAACCUCACUUGGGAUGUGGCUUAUAUGGAUCACACUCUGUAUAAAAAAUUAUACUACAGAGUACGAUUACGAUCUAAAAGUGACCCGGAUAAGAUGGCGCAAAUUUACACGCUGCAGCAGAACGAACAAUCAAUGGUUAUCAUCAGUGAAAAACUCCUGCCAGGAAGGCAGUAUGUGGCAGACGUUCAGGUUGCUGUGCAUCCUAGAUGGUUCACAUCCAUGUGGAGUGAAAGGAGCAACAGUGUUGAAUGGACAUCUGAUUCUGAACAUUCAGAGUACUAUUUCCUGCUGUUUGCAUUUCCUGUUUUGUUGGUGGUGCUACUCGUGUCCAUCGGGAAACUAGUGGGCAUCAAAAAGCUGUCCUUAUGGCAACACAUCCCAAGCCCCAAUGAGUACUUCACACCACUCUACCAUACAUAUCAAGGAGACUUUAAGAAAUGGGUCGGACCAGUCCUGACCUUCAACAGCUUUGAUGUCCUUGAGAAGAGCACCACUUUGCAGGUGCUUUGUGAGAAGCAGCAGAAUGAAAGCUCAGAGGAACCCGCUAACAGCAGGACUGGCGAGCGGGACUUUGAUCCGGCGGGUCAAAACUCAUCUAAACUCUACUUCCUUGGAAGCAACAGUCACGGCAUCGCACACUCCGGCGGCCACAUAUCGAUGGACACCGUUACAGUUUCCGGUCAGGAGGGCGUCAUGGCCGACUGGUCCGGUGACAGCCACAGACAGAGCCUAGAGGACUUCCUCGACGGCAAAGAUACCAAUCAGAGAGCGGCUGAGAUGGAUGCCAGGCAGCCUCUUAUACCUGACUGCAGGAGGAGUUUACAGGGUUCAGACUGUGAUGACUGGCAUCUACAGGAGCACGACCUGGAGAACAUUGAGCAGGUCUCGCUGAACUCCUACGGUUCUAAUGAGCAGUCCGAUGAUGGUUACCCACAAAUGGGAUUGGAUUUGGACACCAUAGACAGUGGAUUUCUGGAGUCAGACUGUUCCAGCCCCUCAGCGUUUGAUGGGAACGAGCAAAUAGACACUUCAUCACUGGAUGGCGUGGGACGCUCCCAUUCAAAUUAUGUCAAACAGUGGGUGGCUUUUACAUCAGUUCAAGUUGAUGCCCACAGCACUGGAAAGUAGCUGUUCAUGGGAGUUUCUAUUGCUACACAAAACAAAAUCAAUCACAACUGAAUAAUGAACAAUUUAAAGUGGAAGCAUCUACAAAAUGUAUGAAGACAUCACUGGUUGGACCUAACUUGCUCACAACACGUUUAUGUGAGCUGUUUUUUUUGUUGUUACACUGAACUGUAUUUGUGGCAUACUUACAUAAAUAGACUCAUUAGACAUCAGCUGUGCGAUCGUUCACAGGACAUUGGUCUACAGUACAUUAAGAUGCAAAUGUCAAUUUGCAUACUAUCAUUCCUUUAGGCCUAUAGACGUUGGUCAGGGUAGCGCCAUAUUUAAUAUAUGACAGGAUUGAAAAUGAGGCUGUGAGAAACUGAAGUACAGUGCUUUCAAAGGAUUGUACCUUUGUUUAACAAUAUACCAAUUGUUCAGC